GACGAAAGAAGACGAUAUCCCAUCACAGCCAACCCUUACUGUUAAAACAAGGUACAAAGAUAUUAAGUAAAUAUCUCUCUUUCCACUUCUUGCGAGUCAUCACUGCAUAUAUCUGGCCCCUAAAGAGAUUGACUCGGCCUAUCUAAGAAUUAUGGCGUUGAAUACAGCCCUCGAUCUCUCCCCAUCUCAUCUGGGCGUCGUGCGGGGAAAUCUCAGUCCUCCAGGCUCACUGGAGGAGUGCAACCGCUUGCUAUAUAAAAAUCAUGAAACCUAUCACAUGUUUUUCCGAGAGAUAGCCGGCAUGAACCACAUCUCCCAUAGCCUGCUCACAUGUUUUGCACUGGGCGCCGACAUCCAGGAACUUCGGGACCGUUACCAAGACGAGGCGGCAGGCCAGCGGCCAAUGCCGCCCGUGAAUGCUGACCUUCUGGAUAAACUGGACGACCCUGCGGUGUUCCUUCAGACCAUGUACGUCAAGAAGGAGUACAACACGUUCCUCCACUUCUUCGAGCGCCGUAUUGCCGCAGCCGGCGCAGGAGGCUGGCGGAAGGUCGUACACGAGUUCGUCUUUUCUCGCAGCGAAAUCGCCGAGCGCAUGUUUUCGAGUAUGUUCGACGGUCUCUACCACCCUCUCAUUCAUCUUGGGCUGGGAAUUGAGUUUGACUUGCCCGGAAUCGUGGCCGAGGCGCUGGCCCAGGCUGCCGCCAACGACGACAGCGAUCUCCACCGGCUGUUUAGCAUGUGCGAGGAAGAAGCUGCAAAGCAGGCUGUACCCUUGGGUGCAGAUUCAAAGAAGGCAUCCAUGCUAGAGCUACUGGAUGCGAUGCGCAACACCGACGAGAUUCGCACGGCGCCGCUCUGGUCAGAUAUGGGACUCAAGAUGCGUAGCGGCGUAGUAGGCCGCGCAGGCGAUGCCUUUGCAGCCGUAGCCGGCCGCUUCAGAGUCUCGACCGAAGAUGAGGAUGAGCUUCUGGAACGCACAGCUGAGAUGAUCAGUACCUGCGCGCACAUGUGCGGUGGUGGACAGCAUGCCGGUCGUAAAACAAAGAUCGACUUCUUCUGGAUGCACUCCGUGACCAGCAGCAUCUUCAUGAGCGUUUUAGCCGCGCAGAAGGACUGGAUCUCCCUUCCUGACCGCGCCCGCCUGCUCGAGUACAAGGUACGCACCGAUCUAGCCUGGUAUGUCGCCUCGGGCAGCGUCCCACUGGACGCCAAGUACGUCACAAACUACGCCAACCCGGAGAGCGACGGCUGGUCAUGGGAGGACAUCUUCAGUGCCGUCGUUAAGCAGCACGACGACGGCCAUGCCGCCAAGUUUAUGCGCGCUGUCAAGAACGGCGAGAUUGUCUGCCAGCAGUACGAGACCCGCACUGAGUCGACAGACCGCUUCCCGGUCAGGGGAGACAUGUGGCUCAAGCUGGCCAGGAUGUGCCACGACACGACGAAGAACAUGGAGAUUGAUCUUAAGUGGGUCAGGUUCACUGGGUAUGACGAAGCAUGGCGGCGACCGGAUUUGUUGAACUAGUAUAUCCUAUAGGGUAGGGAAACACGCAGAAUGAAUUUUGUUUCUUUGACAACUGAG